CAGCUUCCACAAGCUUGUCGAGCUACUCCGCCCUUCGCUGGCAGUCAACGGCUUCUUCGGCGCACUGCGAUCGCCAAUCAACGGCGCCAUAGCUGUAGAAGUCCGCGUUGCCGUGGCGUUGAGGAUCCUGGCUGGCGCUAGUUACUGGGAUGUUGCCCUCAUGUUUGGCUUGUCGGUGCCGACCACGUACCAGAUCUUGUGGUCGGUGAUCGACGCCAUCAACAAGUUGCCUGCGGUUGGGGCAUUCGACUUCCCCCUGACCGAGGAAGGCUGCAUGCGAAAUGCCAACAGAUUCAAGGAGAAGAGCACCGAUGGAAUUUUCUCCUGGGUCGUCGCCGCCGUGGAUGGUCUGUUCAUCAAGGCCAAGGCUCCGUGUGCGAAGGACACCGCCAACGUCAUCGCGUACUACUCCGGCAGCAAGUCCGCGUACGGCAUCAACGUACAAGCGAUGUGCACCGCCGACUACCGGUUCUGCGCAAUGUCGGCGAUCUCUCCAGGCUCCACGAACGACUGGGUGGCAUGGAAUCGAUCUUCCCUCGCCAAGGCCGUCGCCCGCUUGCCCGCCGGAUUUCACAUCAUUGGUGACGCCGCCUACCCCAUCGGAGAAAAGCUUCUGACGCCAUACCCUGGGAGGCUCCUGCCGCCGGGUGAGGACUCGUUCAACUUCCACCUGAGCCAGCUUCGUGUCAAGAUCGAGCAGAGCUUCGGCAUCCUGGUUUCGACUUGGGGCAUUCUGUGGCGACCUCUCCGUGUGCAGUUCGGAGGACGCGCGGAUCUCAUCACGGCUCUUUUUCAUCUGCACAACUUCCUGCAAGACGAGAAGGUAGCGCCGAUCCAGCUUGCAGAGGAGGACUCCCGCAGCGGGCGCAACCGGCUGGCCCUCUGUGCUACGCAGCGCACCUUGCCGGCUGGCUGGCAAACGGAGCAACCGGCUCCUUCGAGGAGCGGUGAGACCCCGGCCCGAGCGGCUAUCCGCACGGCCCUGGAGUUGAAGAAGCAGUGGAGGCCGGACUACAACCGCCGGAGGAAUUCGUAAGCACGUAUCCAGCUCGCAUCGCGUCGCGUGCGCACAAGCGGGAAGUGGGGACGGGUCUACAUAGGGGCGGAUGGAGGCGGAUGGGGGGGAAGGUCGCUACUACAAGCGGGCGAGAGGCGCGGCGGGGGGGAAGGGGGGGGGGGGGGGGCGCACAGGGAUGCGAUUCUGGCCGUGGUGGGUACACUAAAAGGGCGGGUGGGGGUUAGGGGCUACAUGAGCGGAUGGCGGCAGAAGUAGGCUAGUUUCCACGGGAUGACGAGACGCGUGAAAGGGAGGAUAGCGGCGCGGGAGGGAGGGGCGCGAGAGGGAGGUACCUCAAUGUAGAGGGCGGAGGGCGCUGGAACAACGUGAUUUGGGUGUUAGCGCUAGGGUGUCGGCGCAUCCCGGGGAGAGGUGGGGGGUGUGAUGUGUGACAUGUUGAUUCUCGCUGACAUGUUUUGUGGGUGUCGGCGUGGAGCGCUCUCACCAGAUGUGUCCUGGUACACUUUGUUCGUAAUGUGUUUGUUCAUGCCGGCAACACUUCAUGGUUAACAUGCAUCGUGUGCGGAUGAAAGCGGGGUCCGGUAGGUCUCGGCGGGUGCUUGUUUUACCUAGGGCAUUAAAAGUGUGGGCAUGUUCGACUUUUUUUUUUCCUAAUUAGGAGCGUGUGAAUCGAAAACGUUGUUGUCGUUGAUACAACUUUUAAUGAUGUCUCUGCAUCCCUGCAUUAAAUAUUCGUCGCGUGGGUGAAACAUUGCUCCAGGUUGCAGACCUGAAGGAGACCCACACACACGCUAAAAAUUGGGGGUCUUGUCGAAUCCCAUCGCGAACACAUUCCUGCGCUUCAAGUGAGCAUGCGCGGAGACGGGAAGGAUUGCAAGGCUCCGAAUUUGCGGAACCCAAGCGUGCCUCAGAGUUCCCGUCAACACCC